AUGGGGGCCUUUUUGGACAAGCCGAUCACAGACAAAUAUUCGGAGGAGGGGGCUGAUAUGGAAAAUGGCAUCCGGUUUGGACUCUGUUGCAUGCAGGGCUGGAGAAUGGAGAUGGAGGACGCCCACAUCGCUGCCACGCACAUUCCCGAAUUACCGGGGUGGUCCUUUUUCGCUAUUCUGGAUGGUCACGCUGGUAGUUUUGUAUCUGAAAAUAGUGCGAAGCUACUACUGACAGCCAUCUUAUCGACGCCCGAACUGAAGAAGAAGGGAAUUAAAAAUGGGUUCCUCCUUCUACCGGAAGCCAAAGCAAUAGAUGACAGGAGUGGUACAACAGUUGUCUGCAGCUUCAUAACCCCCACCCAGAUCAUUGUCAUCAACUGUGGGGAUUCAAGAGGGGUACUCUUCUCAGGAAAAGGGCAGAAUGGAAAUGUAGUGCUUGCCACAAUGGACCACAAGCCCAUCUUGCCAAAGGAGAGAGAGAGGAUUGUGAGUGCAGGGGGGUAUGUCAUGAUUCAGAGGAUCAAUGGAUCACUGGCCGUUUCCAGGGCUCUUGGAGAUUUUGAUUAUAAGGCUGCUCAAGGUCGUUCACCAUGGGAGCAAAUGGUCUCCUCCGAACCCGACCUCUACAUCUACGACCGAAACCCUUACGACCAGUUCUUGAUCCUGGCCUGUGACGGCAUCUGGGAUGUCAUCAGCAAUAGGGAUUCGUGUGACCUUGUGAGGUCGCGACUUCUCAUCACCAAGGACCUCAAGACCGUUACCUGUAACCUCAUUGACACCUGCUUUGCAAAGGGCAGCAAGGACAACAUGAGCGCCAUUGUCGUCUGUUUCAAGGGGGCUCCAAAGGACACCCCCGAGGCCCGAAUGAGAGACAUGGCCCUCAAUGUCGCCAUAGAAAGCAAAGUUGCUGAAAUUCUGAAGAAGCCCCUGAUGUACGAGGUUACGGACAUCGUACAGUACGUUAUAACCAUGCUGGAGAAGGAGAACAUAACCGACCUGCCACCUGGUGGAGGAAUAUUCGCUAAGUAUUAA